GACGGAAGAGUGGCGAGAGGCUUGUUUGGGCCCAGGCUCCGAGCCGCCGCCUGCGUGGCCUGGGUAGCGGGCUGUGAGACGCCGCAGGGCCCUCGAGGCUCUUGCCUCGGCUCUGCGGUCCGCGCUGGUCCCCCGCGACGGCUGCUGCGAGAGAGGAGCGUCCCCAAGGGGCUCGUCCUCACUAGUUCAUUAAAUAUGGACAUAAAAAUGUGACAUCAUACUUUGCAUCAAACUCCAGAAAGUUCAUUGGAUAUCUUGUCACUGGGCUUCAGCCAAUAUGCAGCAAGCUUUAGAAAUGGCAUUGGAUCGUGCUGAGUAUAUCAUUGAAAGUGCUCGUCAGAGGCCUCCCAAACGAAAAUAUUUAUCCAGUGGAAGAAAAUCUGUAUUUCAAAAAUUGUACGAACUGUAUCUAGAAGAAUGUGACAAGGAACCUGAAAUAAAGCAGAAGCUGAGACGUAACGUGAACUUGUUGGAGAAGCUAGUGAUGCAAGAGGCAUUGUCAUGCCUGGUGGUGAACCUGUAUCCAGGAAACGAAGGUUAUUCACUGAUGCUCAGGGGAAAGAAUGGCUCAGAUUCAGAAACUAUUCGGCUUUCCUAUGAAGAAGGAGAAUUGCUUGAAUAUUUGGACUCUGAGGAGCUUCCCCCCAUCUUAGUUGAUCUCCUGGAAAAAUCUCAGAUUAAUAUUUUCCAUGGUGGUUGUGUCAUAACAGAAAUACGUGACUAUCGACAGUCUGGUAAUCUCAGAUCUCCAACAUACCAAAGUAAGCACAUCCUUCUACGCCCAACAAUGCAGACCUUGAUUUGUGAUGUGCAUUCCAUUACAAAUGACAACCACAAAUGGACUCAGGAAGAUAAACUCUUACUGGAAAGCCAGCUUAUCCUGGCUACAGCAGAACCUCUUUGCCUGGAUCCUUCCAUUGCAGUAACCUGCACAGCCAACAGACUCCUGUAUAACAAACAGAAAAUGAACACUCAGCCCAUGAAACGAUGUUUCAAAAGGUACUCCAGAUCAUCUCUGAAUUGGCAACACGAAGUGUCCCAUUGCCCCACGCCACCCCAGCUCAGGUUGCUUGACUAUUUGCAGAAGAGAAAGGAGAGGAAAGGGGGCCAGCAGUAUGAUCUCAAAGUUUCCAAGGCUGGAAAUUGUAUAGAUAUGUGGAAACAGAAUCCUUGCUACUUGACUGUACCAUCUGAAGUGGAUGUGGAAAAAUAUGCUAAGGUAGAAAAAUCUAUCAAGCCCGAUGACUCGCAGCCAAGUGUCUGGCCAGCACACGAGAUAAAAGACGAUUAUGUCUUCGAAUCUGAAGUUGGCAGUCAGCUUCAGAAAACGAAGCUGACCAUUUUUCAGUCGCUGGGAAAUCCCUUAUACUAUGGCAAAAUACAGAUGAUCAAAGGGGAUGAAGAUAACGAUGGCCCAGCAGCUCCGUCGCAUUUUCUUAUUGGCUCAAAGUCAGAAGCAGAAAGGGUUGUCAGUCAGUACCAGGACCUAGUUCGGAGUGAAGCUAAAUGCCCAGUGAAGAUGUUUCGCAAUUCUGGCGGAUCAGUCCAUCUAAGCCAGCUUUCUCCCGGAAAGGAAAUUGAACAGCCAGAAUGUAUAUCAGCUUAUAUCCAGUCUUCCGUGCUGGGCAAAGGCGUGAAGCACCGGCCGCCUCCCAUCAAGCUUCCUUCAAGUACAGGAAGCAGCUCCUCAGGUAACAUUUUUAGUCCACAGCAGUCGAGUGGCCACCUCAAAUCUCCAACUCCUCCUCCUCCUCCUCUCCCUCCUCUGAAGACUCCUAGCGUCUCUCGGAAGCAGUCUCAGGACCUGAACCAGCUGAGCCUGCUCCCACCAGCCGCCCUGUCCCCCGCAAGCUCAUCACAAAGAACCUCCUCCAACCAGGUCAUGACAAACUCUGCAGGACUUAACUUCGUCAAUGUAAUGGGCUCCAUGUGUGGAGCGCAGACACUGAUGAGUGGCUCGAACCCCAUGCUGGGUUGCAGGGCUGGUGCCAUAAGUCCUGCAGGCAUGAACCUGAGCGGCAUUCUUCCACCCGGAGGCCUGUUGCCCAGUGCCCUGCCUACUGCCAUGCAGCCCGGCCCUCAGCCAGAGUGCCCUGACCUGGAUAGCCCAAGUGAUGCCAAUCUUGUCAGAUCUCUGAAGCGAAGCAGGGUCGGCCUUGCAGGUGGUCCUUUUGGUUUAAAGAGUCCUUCAGGCCUUCGCCCGUUGAAUCUCCUACAGCUCCCUGGUGGCUCCCUGAUUUUCAAUCCACUCCAGCAGCAGCAGCAGCAGCAGCAGCCGCUCUCCCAGCUUCCAUCCCAGCAGCCCCCAGCCCCCAGCCCCCAGCAGCAGAGCGAGCAGGCUUCAGAGCAAGGCUGCACAAAUCCAGACCAGGCCUUAUCCGCCCAGCAAGCUGCUGUGAUUAACCUGACUGGAGUAGGGAGCUUUAUGCCACCUCAGGCAGCUGCAGCAGUUACGAUCCUUGCAGCACCAAACGGUUAUGGUGGCGGCGGCACAAGCAGCUCAGCUCCGGCCUCGUCUUUCAGACAGCAAGUCAAAAAGUAGGAAGAGGAGAUGCACAUCGAGGGUUUCGAAAUCCUAGCAUCUGCAUUUUAUAGAUACGUAUAUUUAUUUAAAGAAGAAUGUUUAAAUGUGUUUGAAUCAAAAAGCAUUAAUUCAGUGGUAAUUUUACUAGUGAAAUACAAUUUGAGGUUGAACUGUGAGGCACGCAAAUCGAAUAUUGGAGGGAUUCGUUUUUUUCCUAAUGAAAUUCAGGUUGGUCACUAAAUCAUAAAAAAUAA